AUGAUGACGGGCAAACGCAAAGCGACAGAGAUUGAUGAUUUCCAACCUCUCAUUAAGAUCGACAAUGAUGAACACCUUCCAGUAGUCGACUUAGACUGCAACCAAGUUCGACAGGAGAUUCAGAAUUUUAUCAGCUCGGGUGAGAUGAAUGACAAAACUUCCAAAGAGCAACCAGUGUCAGAGGUAAAACUUAUCAAGUCCAUGACGCCAGUCUUACCGUCUCCUCCUUUACUACCACAUUCCGUUUCAUCACCAUCGAAUUCCAUCUCAUCAACCCUAAUUGCCAUGUGCUCACGCUCUGCGAAGAAUAAGAGACUCAGCAAGCCCGCAGGACCGUAUGAUGUCUCGGGCAUUGAACUCGAAGAAGAAGACACAGAAUCAGUUCUGUCGCGAAAUCGCCAAAACAUUUCCAGAUGGCAGAGGAGUCCUUACAAAAACUCUUAA